UUUGAUAGUAAUCAUGAGCAAAACAAAAAAGGAUGACUCAAAUUCAAAAUUUAAGCGUAAAAAAGGAGGUGGGGAUGGAAAGAAGCUUCGUUCAAAUCACAGCCUUAACCCAGAGAGGAAAGUAACGGGAAAGACAACUGGUAGUGGUCCAACUAUGCGUUCAAAAUCUACCAUUAAUCGACUUCGUAUGUAUAAAAACUUCAAACCGAAAAGAAAUGCGCAGGGUAAAAUAACCAAAGAAGCACCCUUUCAAGGAACUUUAAAAUCGGGAACAGUUGCUCGUGUUGAACCUCAUCGGCGUUGGUUUGGUAAUACUCGUGUAGUUGGGCAGGACCAGCUGCAACAAUUUCAAGAAGAAAUGGGUAAAGUACUUUUCGAUCCUUUUCAAGUUGUGAUGAGACAAACGCGGGCACCAAUUUCUUUGUUACAAGAAAAAGCUAAGCAACAACGAGUUCACAUCCUCGACACUCAAAGUUUUGAACAUACUUUCGGAAAGAAAGCACAAAGAAAAAGAGCUACUUUAAAUGCGUUUCGAGAAGAAGCUGAACUUAAAAGUGGUGAUUAUUUGGAGGAAAAUGAUAGAUAUUUGGUUGUAAAUCAAGCAAAAGCAUUGGAGGAACGAACAGAAAAUCCAACCCCUCUUUUCAGAGCUGGACAGAGUGCUCGCGUUUGGAGUGAACUUUAUAAGGUGAUUGACUCGUCAGACGUUCUUUUAGAAGUUCUGGAUGCUCGUGAUCCAAUGGGAACACGAUGUCGCCAAGUUGAACAAUUUCUUUCAAAAGAGAAGCCUCACAAACAUUUGGUUCUUGUUUUAAAUAAAGUUGAUUUGGUGCCUAACUGGGUGACGAAGAAAUGGAUGCAAAUUUUAUCCAAAGAAAUGCCAACAAUUGCUUUCCAUGCUUCUAUUCAACAUAGUUUUGGCAAAGGUUCUUUGAUCAAUUUGUUGAGGCAAUUUUAUAAAUUACAUCGAAAAGAACGUAAGCAAAUUAGUAUUGGCUUAAUUGGUUAUCCAAAUGUUGGAAAGUCUUCAGUUGUUAAUACUCUUCGAAAUAAAAAAGUUUGUAAAACAGCACCGCUUGCUGGUGAAACAAAAGUUUGGCAAUACGUGACGAUGAUGAAAGGAAUUUAUCUAAUUGACUGCCCAGGUGUUGUGUAUCCUCCACAUGGAGAUAGUGAAACAGAUUUGGUGUUAAAGGGGGUUGUUCGAGUAGAAAAUGUUCCCGAUCCAGAGAAUCAUAUCGCUGCAGUGCUUGAUAGAGUUCAGCCUGAACAUUUAUUGCAACAUUAUGCACAUAUUUUUAACAAAGAAGAAGAAAGGAAUGAAGAAAAGGGAAAGAGGACAUUCUUAACAAAUUCUGAAGAAUUUUUAAGCAGGAUUGCGUUUGCUACCGGUCGUCUAUUAAAAGGUGGAGAGCCAGAUUUAAACACGGUUGCGCGUCAAGUCCUCAAUGAUUAUCAGAGAGGUAAUAUACCACAUUAUGUACUUCCUCCUGGAUGCAGAUCACAAAGUGUAACUCCUUCAGAAAUUGGCAGACAAAUGGCUGAUGAGAGACCAAUAAAUUUGGUAGAAGAGGAUGAGAAAAUUGAUGCAAUGACUGAUUCUGAAUGCGUACCCGAUGAUGAAAAAAUGCUUGAUGAGGAAGAAAUUUUUGAAUUAAAGGACGAAGAAGUUAAGGAAGAGGAUGAUGAAAUAAAUUGGAAAGAUCCAUCAGGCGAAAAAGAAAUUAUUAAAGCAAUUCUUGCAAAACGAGAGAAAAAGGAGGGAGAUGAUGAAAAGAAGAAAAAUGAAGAGAACAAAGAGGGUGAAACAGAAGAUGAUGGUUUUGAUGAUGGAGAAUCGAGUGUAAUUACUGAUUUUGAAUUUCAGCUAAGUGCUACAGAUGACGAAUGUGAUGGUCUUGAAAGUAUUGGAUCUGAUUUAGAAGAAGAUAAUACAAAAGACCAUCAAAAUACCCCAAAAAUUGCUGGAAAAAUUAAAAGAAGACCGAGAGGGAAGCGUGCUGGCAAAAAAUUAAAUAAAACUGAUAAAAGAAGAAAAAAUGAUAAAGAAAAAAUGAAAAUGGAAGGAAUUGUGAAUUUCGAUGGGCCUUCAAAAAAUGAUAUUCCUAGAAAUUUGUGGCGUAAGAAAUUAAAAAAGAGAGUGAAGCCAAAACACCAAAUUUGA